GCCGGGCGCCGGCCGCAACGGUACUCACCUAGGCCCAGGGCCGCCCGCGGGCAAAGACUGUUGCUGCGGGUUAUUUCGUUCGUGGCUUUUGUAUAGGCUGAAAUUUGGGUUGAGUUAAACUCAGGACUUCCGCAAACAGGACCUAUUUGGGGUUUGUUUGGUGUUUUUGGUUUGGGGUUCCCUCCCCCCCCACUUUUUUUUUUUCUUGGUUCUUUUUCCAAAAUGGCAGCCUCCAGCCGCGCACAAGUGUUAGAUCUGUACCGAGCGAUGCUGAGAGAGAGCAAGCAUUUCAACGCCUAUAAUUACAGAAUGUAUGCUGUCAGGAGGAUAAGAGAUGCCUUCAGAGAAAAUAAAAAUGUAAAGGAUCCUGUAGAAAUUCAAAACCUAGUGAAUAAAGCCAAAAGAGACCUUGAAAUAAUUCGUCGACAGGUUCAGAUUGGCCAACUCUAUUCAACUGACAAGCUUGUCAUUGAGAAUCAAGAGAAGCCAAGGACCUAGGGAGCUGGGAACCAGCCACCGAUGGGGCCAUGGACCACCUUCAGCAUCCAUUCUGUGUGCAGGCUGAAAAUAGCCUCUCACUUUGCCUACCCUGUGGGAGCUGAAAACUGAGUCACGUUUCCAUUCUGUUACAGCCUUGGUGAGAAAGGAUGGCUGUGCCUUCUCAGUUCAAGUGUUAGAAUGAAGGGCUAGAGGUCACUCAGAAUAAUGCUAUGUAUUAUGGUGUCUCCUCUCCCUCCUAUCCCAUCUUGUAGUUCGUCACCAUUUGUAGAGAACAUAUACAGACUUUGUUUUUCUUGGUCCUUGACAAUAAACCAAAGUGUCUCCCUUUUUCUUUUGUGCCAAAUAACCCCAUUAAGAAAUACACAUUCACUUCCUGCUGAGGCAAGGCCUGAAGAAGUGGAGACCCCUGAGCAGGUCCCACCUUGAGCUGAAAACUCCCUUUGUAUGGGGAGUAGAGAGCAGGUCAGGGUGGUGAGGAACAGGAUACGCCCUAUAAUUUAUACCUACACCCAGAGAUGAGUACUUUACAGCCCAGCCAGAGUGUGGUGUGAGGAUUGGCAGCGAACCCCUCCCCACCCCUUGCGCAUCAGAAUCUUACCUCUGACAGGCCCCAGUGUGGUGCCUGGACCCUGAGGAGAGUCUGGGAACCACUGCUAAUAGCACUGGGCCCAGCUCCGGCUGCCCGUCAGAAUCAAACAGACAGAUCUCUCACCACUUCCCUUCCUGUAGAUUCUAACUUGGUAAAUGAGAGGUGAGACCGAGUUAAUAUAUAUUCUUGAAGAUCUAAUGUUUUCAGUGUUUAAUCAGUUUGAGGAACCCCUGCUCCUUGAGUAUGUUACAGAUAAUAAAGAUUAUCAUUUGUACACUU